CCGCCGUCCAUCUUGUGCUAAACCCUGUCGCCAACGAAUUAAAUUGAACUCGGCACGCGCACACGUCCGCGGCCGCCCGCACGCCGCCAGCAACCCCCCUCCCGCUCCCCGCAAAACCCUAGCGCUCUCUACCUCUGUCUCUCUCUGUUCGUCGGCGAUGGCGGCAGCGGGGGGCGAGGAGGAGGCCGGCGAGAGCCGGAAGCUUUUCGUGGGCGGGAUCCCGGCCGGGGCGCAGGAGCCCGAGCUGCGGGCCCACUUUUCGCGCUUUGGGGAGGUGCGCUCCGUCAUCGUGAUGCGCGACCGAGAGACGGGCCACGGCCGGGGGUUCGGCUUCGUCGAGUUUGAGGAAGAGGCUGCCGCUGGCACCGCGCUCGGCGACGGGGAGAAGCUCAAGCACUUCCUCUGCGGCCGCAUGGUGGACGUUAAGAGGGCCAGGACAAGAGCUCCACGAAACCAGGGCGAGCAGCACUCGCAGCCUCAGCAGGCUGAGCAAGGCCGGGGUCAGGGGAACCAAGACAAUCAGUCGCCCGCUGGUAAUGGUACCGCUGACUGUGGCAACAGUGUGAGCUAUGAUUCAAAAAAGGUAUUCAUUGGCGGUUUGCGGGAUAAUAUCACCGAGAAGGAGUUCCGGGCUUACUUUGAGACGUUUGGCACGGUAACGGACGUCGUGGUGAUUUAUGACAGCGCGACGAGCCGGUCGAGGGGGUUCGGUUUCGUCACCUUUGAUUCGGAGGAAGCAGUGGGGAAGGUGAUGCGGCAGAGCUUUCACGACCUGAACGGGACCAAGGUAGAGGCCAAGAUUGCUAUCCCCAAGGAUGAGCAGUAUUACCGUAACAGAGGAGGCCAUGGUGCUCGUCCCUUUGGCGGGAGGGAUCCUGCCGCUCCUGGCUAUGGAGGGUUCAUGUACCAAACAUACAAUGCUAGAUCUGGCCCCUACAAUGGCUACAUGCCCCAACCUGCUCCCACACAUCCCUACUUUCCUGCCCCCUAUUUUGCUGCGGGGGGCUAUCCCUAUGGGAGUGGAUACCCAGGUCAAGGCGUCAUGCCAAACAUUCCUGGCAUGGGGCCUAGGCGGGGUCCUCCGGCCUAUGGAACAUACCCUCAAAUGUAUCCGGUGUAUAACAUUAUACAUAGAGCUGGUUAUGGUGGUCCAGCCACUUCUUUUCAGCAUGAAAUUAAUGGUGGAGGUGAUUACAAAAAGGAUCAAACGAAUGUAGAUAUGCAGCAAGUUGACAACACUGCUAGCGUUGCGACAAAGUUGGAAAAUAUGAAGCUAGGUUGACAAUGACUUUCAGGACUAUUACUUCUACAACGAUGACACUGGAGUUAGUCUAUUGUUUGGGAACCCGCAACUGUGAAGACUUUGAGCUGAGAGAUUCUUUGGUUGACAAGUACAUCAUUAGAAUUCUUCAAACUUACGUACCGUUCCUAUCCCCACUGCCUGUAAAACAGAAAGCAUGCGAGUCGCUGGCUGGCUGUUGACCUCACCUCCCCUCUCCUCUCCUCUCCUCUUGUACCAAUGUUAAAUUCUUACGACCGUUUAAUGUAUCUUAAUCAGACAAUCCAGAAUCGACCCUAAUCGUCUGCUUUGCUCAACCCCGAUUGUUUCUGUUUC